AUGGCGUCACAAAGUGGUGGUGAGGUCAGUUCAUCACUAGCGCAGCCACAAAAACAGUUUCGUUCUUCUAAUGAUGAGCGUGAAGAAUCGUACCGUGGUCAGCAGAUAGAGCCGCAUUCUGCGAGAAGAACGUCUGUCAAAGGCGGAUAUCCAAAAUCGAUUCUGAAACAAUCCACUUGUAGUGACUGUCGAAACGAUCAUACGUCAACAAAUGCUCUGAAUGAAGCAAUUAAUGUUCGAAGUGACAUUUAUGAUGAAUAUCCUCAAAAUUUACCAUAUAAUAUAAAUACGAAUUCAUCGUCAGAUAUAAAUUCAUCGCCAAACAUAUCAGAGUACGAACGAAUACGAUCCACGUUCAAUGUCAGUGAUUAUAAUAUCAACGAUGUACCAUUCGAAAUGUUAAGUGAACAAGAAAAACUCCAAAUAAUGCAUGAAAAUCUGAGGAAGCAAAGGCAACGUCCAGUAACAAUGCACAAUCAAUAUCCAAAAACUUCAUUCAGUGGGCCUUUCUUCCGUCUCGAACAAACUGAACCAGUCUGUAGACAAAGAUCUCAAUCGGUAGCGCCAUUGCUUACUGUUAAAGAGCCAUCUGAUGAUAAUCAUUUGCACUCAUCCCGAAAACAGUCAUCGUCUAAGUUUGAUAUUCAUAUUCGAAAUAGUCAUCCUGAUUUCUACUAUUCCAGUCAGCCCAGUAUCGAUCGACAAAGGUUCAAUAAUUCAACUCAGACAUCAAUUUCUGAUUUGGAAUUGCAACAAAAUCAACACUUCAAUAACGAACGUUAUACUGAGGGCUAUCGUGAUGAUAGAGCGAAUGUUGUCUAUUGGCCACCACCACAAUCAUCACAACAUACAAGACCACCAUCGACAUUCACAAAAAAUAUCACUGAUCCGGAACGGAUCAACGAAUAUCGAAGGCAAAAACAGUUGGAAUUAGAGGCUUUGCAAAGGAGGAAUGAACAAAAUAUGAUUUACCGUCAAAAACAGUCGCAUUCAGUCGAAACACAGCAUAAACAUGACUUUGAAAGGCCUCAAUCAAACAUGCCUUUAAAAGAUGACACCGGUUUGAUGUCAUCAAUUCGUGAUUUGUCGUCCCCAAACGAGCGAAUUCAUUUGAGAAAUUUGAAUUUUAGUCCAUCUGAACGGGACGUUCAAAUCGAUGACUCUCAGGAGGCUGAAUUAGCGAAUUUAAAUGCACAACAAGUGUAUGUGUUCGAAACGAAACCAAUCUCACCGUCGCUGUCGAAUGAGAAUCAGUCGCUUACGACACACGAUUCACUGUAUUCACCGACAGUUGGCACAUGGAAACGAACAUAUGUUGUUGACAGUAUGGAGCCGAAUGCAAAAAAUGAGAUCAUUAACAGCAAUGAAUUGCUCGAAAGGGAACGUUUUGAUGUUGACCUUCUUAAGUGUAUUAUAAACAUCAAUACUUCAUCUUUUCCAGUAACGGAUUGA